GCAGCAUGGUGCUCCAGACCCCCGCUCAUCUUACCUGCUUAGCCCCACGGAGAGUUGCCCUAUGGACCACCACCGCUGCUCGCCGCGGAGCUCCAUCCAUUCGGAGUGCAUGGUGAUGCCUGUCUCCAUGGCCUCUGACCACGUUUCCAGCAGCACAUUUCCCAGGAUGCAUUACAGUUCACACCAUGAGAGUUCGCGGGAGGAUGGCAAUACCGGGCACAGCGGCGGCGGUGGUGGAAGUGGUGUUGUUGGAGGGGGUGGAGUAGGAGGAGGAGGUGGUGCAGGUAGUGUUUCCGGUUCUGGGAAAAUGAACCGAAUACCUGCCAACCUCCUGGACCAAUUUGAAAAGCAGCUUCCCAUCCACCGAGACGGAUUCCACACGCUGCAAUACCAGCGCACAUCCACGGCUACCACCAGCAGCGAGCAGCGGAACGAGAGCCCAGGUCGGAUCCGCCACCUGGUGCACUCUGUGCAGAAGCUCUUCACCAAGUCCCACUCGCUGGAAGGCUCCUCCAAGAUGAACGGCACCAAAGGAGACUCGCGCUCGGAAAGUGGCCACCACCAUCACGGACACCACCACGGCCACCACAAACACAGCAAGAGGAGCAAGAGCAAAGAGCGCAAAGCCGACUCCAAGCACCGCUCAGGGAUCGCAGGGUGGUGGAGCUCUGACGAUAACCUAGACAGCGACAGCACCUACCGGACUCCCAGUGUCAUGAGUCGGCACCAUGUGGACCACAUAAGUCACUGCUACCCGGAAUCAGUCCCAGGCCACUUUGGAGAUCUUUCCCUUAAGACCUCCAAGAGCAACAAUGACGUGAAGUGCUCGGCGUGCGAGGGCAUGGCCCUGGCUCCUGAGGGCAAGUUCAUGAAGCGGAGCUCUUGGUCCACUUUGACUGUUAGCCAGGCCAAAGAGGCCUAUCGCAAGUCCUCGCUCAACCUCGAGAAACCUAUGAUGCCUCAAGACCUCAAGUCCCCCAUGAGGCCUUGUCAUUAUCUCCAGGUUCCUCAGGAUGAGUGGGGCGGAUACCCCGGGGUGAAGGAUGAUGAGAUCCCGUGCCGGCGGAUGAGGAGCAGCAGCUACGUGAAGGCGAUGGGAGACGAAGAGAGCGGCGACUCGGACGGCAGCCCCAAGAACUCGCCGCAGAAGAGCGCUCGGCCCGGCGGCUUCAUCAAGAGCGUGCUGCAGAGGCAGCUAUCAGACCAGAGUUCAUACCGUUUGGAUAAAUCGAGCAGUGACAUGGUGAAGUACCUCACCAAUUUCGCUGCAGAUUUAAGUCAGAGCUACCAUCUGCAGGCGUCAAGGGACAUCCACCCCAGCAUCACGCUGGACCCAUCACCCAACUACAACUCACCCAAAUUUCGCUCAAGGAACCAGAGCUACAUGAGGGCAGUUAGCACGCUGAGCCAAGCCAGCUGUGUCAGCCAAGUGAGCGAGGCUGAGAUGAACGGCCAGUUCGAGUCGGUGUGCGAGUCGGUGUUCAGCGAGGUGGAAUCGCAGGCCAUGGAGGCGCUGGAUUUGCCCGGCUGCUUCCGCACACGCAGCCACAGCUACCUGCGUGCCAUCCAGGCCGGCUACUCGCAGGAUGACGAGUGUGUGCCUUCCAUGAGCUCGUCCACCGUCACCUCCACCAUCAGGUCCACGGCUGGAAUCCAGUUCCGCCUUCCAUCGUCGGGGAGUGUGGACAGACCCUGUCAGCAACCGCCAGCGGUCACCUACACCCCCAGUACUCCCACCUAUAAGCAGACCCCGCCUCCAGUGCCCCCCCGCAGUGCCUCCAAACCCCUCAUCUCCAUCACAGCACAAAGCAGCACCGAGUCCACGCAGGACGCCUACCACGAGGGACGCCUGGCCAGAGGAGGACUGUGGGGUUCAGAGGGACUCGGGCUCGGUUUGGGUCGCACCCUCUACAAUUCCACCGACAGCCUGGACAGCGCCAAGGCCGUCACCAUCGCCAUGGAAGCGGCGGCCAUGGCCAUGGCGGGAAAAAGACACCCGUCCACGGACUCCCACAGCUCGGUGCUGACCUGCGAUAAAGCCAUACUCGUAUCCAAAGCCGAGGAAUAUCUUAAAACGCCCCGGUCAUCUAUAGGCAUACAGGUGGAGGCGGCUACGGAUUCGGAGUCGGAGAGCAGAGGAUUACGGGAAUAUCAUUCUGUAGGGAUCCAGGUGGAAGAUGACAAACGCGUGGGCCGGUUUAAGCGCUCUAACAGCGUGACGGCGGCUGUGCAGGCUGACCUGGAGCUGGAGGGUUUCCCCGCGAUGGAGGAUAAAGGUCUGCAGUUUGGGGGCGGCGGUCUGCAGAGGCACAGUGAGCCGAGCACGCCCACGCAGUACGGCGCAGUGAGAACCGUGCGCACGCAGGGCCUGUUCAGUUACCGUGACGACUACCGCUCGGCCAACGAGCCGUCCAGCCCGCAGCGCAGCGCAGAGCCCUGGCGCGAGCCCUCUGCGCCCGCCGUGCCCACCGUGGCUGUGACGGUGACCCCGCCCCAGGCCUCCGACUCGGGCCGGGCGUCACCCUCGGCCAGGAGGGACGGCACCUGGUUCAUGCAGCUGCUGCACGCUGAGACCAAGAGGAUGGAGGGAUGGUGUAAAGAGAUGGAGGGAGAGGCAGAGGAGAACGACCUGUCUGAGGAGAUUUUAGGUAAGAUCCGGAGUGCAGUUGGCAGCGCUCAGCUCCUCAUGUCCCAGAAAUUCCAGCAGUUUUAUUGGCUGUGCCAGCAAAAUCUGGACCCAAGUGCCAUGCCGCGGCCCACCUCUCAGGACCUGGCUGGAUUCUGGGACCUGCUGCAGCUCUCCAUUGACGACGUCACCUCCAAGUUCGACGAGCUGCAGAAGAUCAAGAGCAACGAUUGGAGGAUUAUAGAAAGUCCUGUAAAGAAGCUCCCACCCCCUGUACCAAAGAAGAUGCUGAAGAAGAGCGUGACGCGGGAGAAGUCUCUGGAUCUUCCUGACCGGCAGAGACAAGAAGCGCGAAGGCGCCUGAUGGCCGCCAAGAGAGCGGCGUCGUUCCGGCAGAACUCGGCGACAGAGCGAGCCGACAGCAUCGAGAUUUACAUCCCCGAGGCCCAGACGAGACUCUGAGAGACUCUCCACAGCUUCAUCGCAGCUCCAUCUUCAUCAUCAUCAUCAUCAUCAUCAUCCUCACCUCACCAUCACCGUCAACCAGCCAAACCACUAUCGAUCGAUACCGAAUAUCCCAUCUCUCGAAAAACAAUAUCUAAACAUAACAUAAUCAAACAUGAUUACUGAAGAAAAUAGGGUUGUUGUUGGUUUUUUUUGUUUGUUUU